CACAUUGAAUAAUUGAUAAGCACGGCAGCAGCAGCGGUUGUGUUCGCCGUCCUAGUCAUCGUCAUCGUCGUUGUCGUCGGUCGUCUGUGCGCCACACGAUCAGUAGUUGGUAUAGGUAUUUGUAUUUACAUAUUUUUUUUUGUUAUUAUUUCCCUUCGGCUUUUCUACAAUAAGAAACUAUUACAAUAGUUACUAGUUUUGAGUCGUUUUCCCCCUUUUUUUCCUGUACAUUCUCCAUUUGGAAUUGAGAAUUUUUUUUUGAAAAGAUAGCCGCCGCGCUUCAUUUCUGAUUCGACUUUGGUGAAGAUAGUCUUUCGGAAACCUCCGAUCCGAUUAGUUGAGGUUUGUUUUUUUCUGUCGUCUUUCGGUUUUAUUCGUUUUUUUUUUUCGAACUUGUCGUUAAACUUCUUUACUUGUUGUUGUUGGAUUUUAUUUCCAAAACAGUGUUUCAGAAAAAUCCCUCAUUGUACUUCCUUAUCUUUACUUUUUCUUAAAAGGGCAUUUUCAGUUCAUUGUGGUACGUUUUUUCGAGAGUGUGCGAAUUUCGAGUUCGAAUUUUAUUCCUUAUUCGAAAAAUAGUGUAAAUUGUGAAUGUUUUCUGCCAAAAUAUCAAACAAAAUUUGUUUGGAAGAAAAUUUCUGUGAGUGAGUUAUUUUGUUAUUGAAAACGAAUUUCGAAAAAAAAUUGCCCUUGGAUAUUAUCUACAACAACACAACAAUAAAAUCUACAUCAUCACAGCUGAGACAACAGGACUUGUCUGUUUUUGAAGAUCAUUUUUAAUCAUUUAUUUCCGUAAGCUUUAUGAAUAUAUGUAAUAUCUUAUAAAGAUCUGAUCUGAGCUGCCCUGCUGGCUAAUGUUUAUACUCUGUUGGCUGCUUUGACUGCUGUUGUACACUUAAGGUUCAACUUUUUUGAAUGACAACGCGGGCAAACUAUAUAAGGGUGUUUUUUUUGUGUUGUUUGGGGAAGUGUUUGCUAUAAUUGAGUGCUUUUUCGAUUUUUAUCAAUAAGAGAAGCUUUUUUAAUUGCGGACACAAAAAGAGAAAGGCCGGUUAUAUAGAAAUAUGUCAGAAUCUACAUCGUUUGAAUUGGGUUCGGUGGAUAGACCAACUCGAUUUCAAGUUAACCCAGUUAAUCAUAGAAAAAAUGAUAAGGACAAUGGCAAGGACGAUGUUCCACAUGAAGUUUACAGACGGUUGACAAAUAUUGACGGAGAACCUGUCGAGGAUGACCAAUUUAAUGAAGAUGCUUCUCAAAUGCCUCAGCAACCACGAACUCAGAGAAUACAGUCAAUCAAAAGCAGUUUUCGGGAUAAGGACAAACCAUCCCGAUUUAAAGAUCUACAGACCACACGUUUUCAAGUUGACCCACGUAACGAAGACUCAGACGAUUCAAAUGAAUCCAAUGAAGAUCGUGAAUUACUCGAAAAUGAGUAUGACACGAAAUAUGGAAAAAGUUUUCGACAUUUCACCCGGGAGGCAUUACCGCGCCUGGAUAACUAUAGAAAUAUCAUGUCAAUACAAGCUGCCUACCGUCCCACAUUGGAUGAGUUGCACAAUGCAACUUUAACCGGAAAAAUGUCUCACAGUUUAAACCGAAAUCAGGAUCCAGAGACGGCCAUCCUGAAUGGAAUGCUCAAAUUCGGUUGGAUUAAAGGUGUUUUAAUCCGAUGCCUUCUAAAUAUCUGGGGGGUAAUGCUGUUCCUUCGACUAAGUUGGGUCGUUGGCCAAGCGGGCAUUGUAGAGGGUUUCUUAUUAAUACUGACAACUACCGCCGUCACAACAAUUACAGCUUUGUCAAUGUCUGCCAUUAGCACGAAUGGAGUAAUUAAAGGAGGUGGGACAUACUACAUGAUAUCACGUUCCUUGGGGCCCGAGUUCGGUGGCUCGAUUGGAUUGAUUUUUUCCUUAGCUAAUGCCGUUGCAUGUGCGAUGUACGUUGUUGGAUUCUGUGAAUCAAUGAUGGAUUUGUUGCGCUCCUUUGGGGCACAAAUUGUCGAUGGAGGAGUUCAGGAUGUAAGGAUUGUUGGCAGUAUUACGAUACUAAUUCUUCUAGUUAUUGUCGUUGUUGGCAUGGAAUGGGAGGCAAAGGCACAAAUAGGACUUCUGAUAAUCCUGUUGAUUGCUAUUGCGGAUUUCAUGAUUGGUACUCUUAUUGGGCCGAAGUCGGAUGAGGAGAAAGCAAAGGGGUUCCUUGGAUAUAAUUCAACUUUGUUUCAACAGAAUUUAUUUGCGGACUACCGGAAAGAAAAAAAUAUACAACACGAUUUCUUUUCUGUUUUUGCAAUAUUUUUUCCCGCUGCUACUGGUAUUUUGGCUGGAGCCAAUAUCUCUGGAGACUUGAAGGAUCCACAAAAAUCGAUUCCUAAAGGCACCAUUCUAGCCAUAAUUAUUACAACAGCAACAUACUUGGUAAUGGUUUUAAUGGUUGGAGCGACUGUUGCACGUGACGCUACUGGCAAUGUCACCGAUACCGUUAAUGGUUCCUAUGCUUUUUUGGACUGUAUACCAGGUAAUUGCAGCUACGGUCUGGAGAAUUCUUUUCAAGUAAUUGAGUUAGUUUCUGGUUUCGGGCCAUUAAUCUAUGCUGGGUGCUUUGCGGCAACACUAUCGUCAGCACUUGCAAGUUUGGUAUCUGCGCCAAAAGUAUUUCAGGCUCUUUGUAAGGACGAACUUUAUCCAAAAAUUGUUUGGUUUGCAAAAGGAUUUGGCAAAAAUAACGAACCAGUUCGUGGUUACGUUCUAACUUUUUUUAUCGCCAUUGGAUUCAUCUUGAUUGGCGAACUUAAUUUGAUAGCUCCCUUGAUUUCGAAUUUUUUCCUUGCUGCUUAUAUGUUAAUUAAUUUUAGUACAUUCCAUGCAAGUUUGGCACAACCCGUCGGAUGGAGACCAACUUUCAAGUAUUACAACAUGUGGCUAAGUUUGAUUGGUGCAGUCUUGUGUGUUGCUGUUAUGUUCCUGAUAUCUUGGUGGACUGCACUUAUAACAUUUGUUGCUGUACUUGCAUUGUACUUAAUCGUAUCGUAUCGAAAACCGGACGUUAAUUGGGGUUCAACAACUCAAGCUCAAACUUAUAAAAAUGCUCUUAUAUCGGUGCAGCAGCUAAACAAUGUCGAAGAACAUGUCAAAAACUACAGGCCACAGAUUUUGGUACUUUCCGGUCUGCCAAAUACACGUCCAGUACUCGUAGACUUUGCCUACAUGCUGACAAAAAACCUAUCACUAUUAGUUUGUGGUCACGUUUUGCGCGGUUCAAGCUCCCAGAGAUAUCGAAACUAUUUGCAGGAACGCGCCAGCUCAUGGUUUCGUAAACAUCGUGUCAAGGGUUUUUAUUCCCUUGUCGAUGGAGAGGAUUUUGAAGCUGGCUCCAAGGCUUUAAUGCAGGCAUCCGGAAUUGGAAAACUAAAGCCAAAUAUCUUGUUGCUGGGCUAUAAAACCGAUUGGCAGACAUGCGAACGAAAGGAUUUGAAUUUAUACUUCAACAUAAUGCACAAAGCACUUGAUAUGUAUUUAUCGGUUGCAAUACUUCGCGUUUCAAAUGGUUUGGAUUGUUCGCAAAUUCUUGGAGAUGAGAGUAAUACACAGCGUAACAUUAUGGAAGUACCGCGAACUUUGCAACCCAAUGAAAGUUCAACUGAUUUGAAUGCGGUCGAUAAGAGUGCUCAUAAUGGACUUGGCGGUAGUAUGGAUUCGUUGAGUAGAAAUGUUUCACAAGGUCAAGAUGGACAAACACAGGAUCCCAAUGAAAAUGGCCUGAAAUUAAUAAAAAUGUUUAAAAUCCCACUAAUACGCAUCACGUUUCAUGAUGAAGCCUCAAGUACAAGUGAUCUAUCGUUUACUGUUAAUACACAUACAAAAACACAGGAUAUAACUGGCCUUCCUGACCCAGCUGAUCCCAAAGGACCACUUAUUUUGACAAAUUCAUUACGAAAGUCGAAAAAAACACACGAUGAUCCAGCUUCAUUGUACAAAGGUCCUGGUGGAGUGGAAUUGCCCAAAGAAGUCCUAAAUGAUUUGACACAAUUUACUAGAAAACGUAGUCAUGCUGUUAUUGAUGUUUGGUGGUUAUAUGAUGAUGGUGGACUAACAUUGUUAUUACCUUAUAUAAUAAGUACCCGGAAACAAUGGCAGUCCUGCAAGCUUAGAGUCUAUGCUUUGGCAAAUAAAAAAGCCGAAAUGGAAUUCGAACAACGUUCCAUGGCGAGUCUGUUGUCAAAGUUUCGCAUCGAUUAUUCUGACUUACAACUCAUUCCGGACAUCACAAAGAAACCACAAGAAAGUUCAACUCAAUUCUUCAACGAGUUAAUUAAGGACUUUGUUGUGUCUGAAAACAAUGUUAACAUCACGACGCCAGUUAACGAAGACGAAGCUCUUACAACGGAAGAUGACUUAUUGAAUGUCCAGGACAAGACCAAUCGCUAUUUGAGACUGCGGGAAUAUCUUCUGGAGAAAUCUGUGAAAUCCGAUUUGGUGGUGAUGACAUUGCCUAUGCCAAGGAAGAAUAUUGUCUCAGCACCUUUAUAUAUGGCAUGGCUAGAGAGUCUUAGUCGUGGCAUGCCCCCGUUCCUGUUUGUGCGUGGCAACCAAACGAGUGUCCUCACUUUCUACUCGUAGUUUAAUGACUUUCUUCCUACACAUACAAAAUCCCAACCUAACACACCCAGCCCCCAAUAUAUUCUCUUUUAUUUUAUUUUUUUUUUGUCUGUUUGUUUUGUAAUUACUUUUUUUGUUUUUAUUGUAAUUUAAGGACACGAAAUAGGCUAAAUAACACGUUUUGAUUUUAUUUUUUUUUAGUGCUUUAAUUAUGUUUGUCAUAAUUAUUUUAUGUAAAUUUAUUAUUUUAUAAUAAAACAAAAAAAAAAAAAUGACCAUAUGUAAGCUGCAAACUUAUACUAAAAACGUAUUGUAAUUAUUAAGAGCAAUGUUUCUUUUUUUGUAGAUUUUAGUUUAAAUUAUUUUGAAAAUACACAGAACUUGUACAAUCAUUUA